UCCUUCCCCCGCUAUUUUGAUGCGUCCCAGUCACAAGGAGAGGAAGCGGCUAGCGUUCACGGGCCACUGCAGCUAUAUCUAUUUCCACAUAUCGCAGAUCUUUGCAAAUCCUUCAAACCUUGGAAUUCUUUCAUACCAAAAAUUCCUGUCUCCUUUUCAAUCGGCGCGGAUUUGGAUUUCCCUUGUUGUUGCCAGAUAGAAGUUCUCGGAGAUCUGCGGCAUCUGACAAGGGAGCUCGGCGAGGCAGUGGUCGUAUCCAGGUCUGGAAAAUUGAGCACUUUGUUGUUCGUGCGGAUCUGAUCUGGUUCUGUAAGAUAUGAUUCGUAUGCAGACAAAGUUUCCGGAGGCGGUGGCGUUUGUGGAUGUGAAAGAUUCUCCGGCGGUGAUUCCGGUGGAGGAGCCGGCAAAGUGGGAGGUUCGGCCAUGUGGAAUGCUGGUGCAGAAACGGAGCUCGGACGAUGGCCGAGCUACGGUACCCGUGCCGGCCAUUCGUCUGCGUGUGAAGCACGGCUCCAACUACCAUGAGGUCUACAUCAAUUCACAGGCCACCUUCGGGGAGUUGAGAAAGCUGCUUUCAGAGCGAACGGCGCUGCAUCCCCAGGACCAGAAGAUAUUUUUCAAGGACAAGGAGCGCGACUCAGCCGCCUACCUCGAUACGUCGGGAGUGAAGGACCGGUCGAAGCUUGUCGUCGUCGAAGACCCGGCGGCGAAGGCCAAACGGGUGCUGGAAAUGCGCCGCGCUGCGAAGUUAGAGAAGGCUGCCAAAUCCAUCUCCCAGAUCAGUCUCGAAGUUGAUGAGCUUGCAUCCCAGGUGUCGGCGCUGGAAGGUGUGAUUUUGAAAGGAGGGAAAGUGGCGGAUAACGAAGUUCUAAGACUCACUGAGCUCUUGAUGAACGAGCUGAUCAAAUUGGAAGGUGUCCUAGCCGAUGGUGAUGUCAAGUUGCAGAGAAGACUGCAGGUUAAGAGAGUUCAGAAAUACGUCGAAAUGCUGGACGUUCUCAAGCUUAAGAACGUGAUUCCCAAAUCGGCGGCCCCGCCGCCGCCGCCACAACAUCAAAAGAAGGUGCCGCCGUCAUCCCCAAAGCCAAAGUCGGUGAUUGUAACAACAAAAUGGGAAACUUUCGACUCCCUCUUCUCUCCCCUCGCCUCUCCAUCUUCUUUGGCCACCACCACCACCUCUGUUGCGCCGACCCCAAGAUUUGAGUGGGAGCUAUUCUGAUUGCAGGAUAGAUUUGUACUUAAUUUGAAAUUUGCAUGGGUACUUUCCUCCGGCGGCCAGCUAUGAAUUCAGGUGAGUAGAACAUAGAUGGGCUUUGGCCGUCGCUCAUGAUUGCGCUUCUCUGAUUUCAUCUUUGUUCUAUCUCAUCUCUUUCACCUUUUUUUUUCCCCUCUGUUAAAACCAGUGUUUUUAUUCUUUUACAUAUAUGAAUGUGUAGAUCUUGAAAUGGGCCUGAGGCUAUAUUAGUAUUUGGGAUCAACGCCAUGAAAUAAUAAAUUGUGUUUACAUAUUA